AUGGAUUUGUUCCAGCUUUUCUUCGAUGCUGUCGUCCCCAGCAGUGUCUCAGAGGACGAGAUUGAGCAGCCGUCGAGCCACGAGGAAGCGCAAGCCGGUGGUCCUGCGGUACUCUACUGCGUCGUCGCCUAA